AUGGUUUUACGAGCAAACAAAAGAACAAAUCGUGCAACAUUUACAAAUAAAACACACCGACAGUGGAAUGCACGAGAAAAGAUUGCCAUUAUUUUAUAUUAUAAAAAUAGUCAUAGCAAAAGUCAAACGGCAUCUAAAUUUAAUAUUGAAACCAAACAACUUCGAGACUGGAUAUCUAAAAAAUCAUUACUUUUAAAGGCACAGCCAGGUUUAAAGCGUUUAAAUAAAGGUCCUUCUCCAAAAUAUCCUGAAUUAGAAACUUUUUUAGUUGAGUGGAUUAAAGAAAGACGGAAAAAUCAGCAAGCAGUUUCACGACAUAUGAUUCAAAUGAAAGCUAAAACACUUUUCCAAGAACAUCAAUGGCAACUUACAUGUCCCAAAGUAUUAAAUGACGAAAGUCAAGAAAUAGUUAAUGAUCAAGGUAUGGUUAAUGAAGAUCAAGGCAUGUUUAGUAAGGAUCAGGGUAUGAUAAAUGAAAGUCAAGAAACGUUUAAUGAAAGUCAAGAAACGUUUAAUGAAAGUCAAGAAACAUUUAAUGAAAGUCAAGAAACAAUCGUUGGUGAAAUGGAUGUUGAAAAGGAAAAUAUUGAGAAGAUG